AUGCCUGAAGCUCAAGCUACCCCUCGCGUCUCCCCGAGCCCCGAACCCUCGUCGUCCUCGCAACCCCAGGCACAACAACAACAACAUCAACAUCAACAACAUCAACAAAACAAUCCGCAACCAGACGAUCCGCAGCAGCAGCAGCAAUCGUCCUCCCUCAAGACUCCCAAGGACAAGAACUGCCCCUUCUGCGGCCAGGCCUUCACCUCGAGCAGUCUCGGCCGCCAUCUCGACCUCUACAUCCGCCCCAAGAACCCAAAACCCUCCGAUGGCCUCCACAUUGUUGAAGAAAUCCGCAAGAUUCGCGGCGGCAUCACCCGCCGCCAGGUCAAGGGCCCUUUGAAGAAGGAGCGCGGGGACAGGACCGUCUCGCACAGCUCGCAUAGGCAUUCCCACACCCGCACGCCUGCCAACAAAAGGCAAUCCGUCGUGUCCCUAGCCAUCUCAGGCCGUUCCGAAAGCCCACAUGAUGACGACCAGGACGAGUUCGAUGAGGAUAUUGAUGUGGAUGAUGAUAUGGAUGACGAAUCGCUGCAGGAUCUGAGCGUGUCCAAGAGGCGCGGGGAUAUGGGCGCGGGUGCCAACACAAAGACACCCCUGAAUAACAGGCGUCUGCUUCAAAAGGUCGACCUGGACCAGCGACACAGAAUGUCGGACGAGAUGGAAACAUCCAAGGCUAUCGAGCUGGCCCUCCGUGAGCUGCUGCGAAGCGUCAAGGAGGCCAACACCAAAGCCACCAGUUCGGCCCUCUUCGAUUUCGACCCCUACACCCUCAACUUUCCCAGCCUGUGCCUGCGCGUCUUGCCCCCACCCUCAACCCUCUUCUCGCCAACUCCCUUCCCCACCAGCGAGUCAUGGUCCAUCAAUCCGCCUGGCCAAAAGCAGUUUGAUACCCUGAAUAAGCAAGUUCGCGAGCGUCUGCUGGCCCACCAGCGUCAGCGCCAGAUUAAUCAAGCAUACCCAUCUGGCGCCCAUUCUACCCCUCCGUCCGCUAACGCAUCGCCUCUGCCCACGCCUCCGCUCUUCGAUCCUGAUCCCGAGAAGUUGUUCUGCCACAUCGCUGAUGCAUUCAGCCACUGGAUGCAUCAGCCUGAGCAUGCUCGUCAGGAGUUCUGGCAGGUCGAGAUACUGCGCUCUUACGCUCGUGCCAACGAUCUACGCCGCGAGGCGGAGAUGAGCUUGCAGCAUGCGCGCCGUGAACUGGAAUUCUACAAGGCACAUCGCCCCGGUCCGGAGCUGUCCCCUGUGAGCUUCACCCUAGGCACCGAAACCGUCAGGGAGCUUGGUAAGCUGGGCAUGGACUUUCGGAAUUGGGAUUACGACCGCCUGGUAGAGAAAUGGAAAACGGUGGUGCGGGAGAACAAGAACAUUGCAGCUGGCAUGUCGGCUCAAAAACCGCUACCGGCCCCGCCUAGCACUCGCAGUUGCUCCAUGACGAGCUUGCCGAACCAGCCAUUUGCCUCAGGGCAGGGUGCUCUGCCCCAGUCCAUGUCUCAGUCCAGUGUGAAGCUUGAACAGACGGCGUGCUCUGCACCCCCGACCAUCAGUGGCCAGGAACCAAGUAGCGAUCAGGCUGAUGCCGAGGGCGAAGACGAUGAUACCCCUGUUGAUAUCGAAGUGGUGCCCGCAUCUAACAACAUGACCAUGAACGACCACCACCAUGUUGGCCCCCACCAACCCACUCCGGUUCACCCCUCCCAGAUACAUGCUCAUCUCCCAUCUCAAGUACAUGUUCAGCAUCAGCAGCAACAGCAUCAACAACAGCACAUGCAAGUUCAGCAUGCACCUCAGCUCACUCAGGCUCAAGCGCAUGCAUGGGCCGUGGCAAGACAGCACAUGAACCAUAGUCGCAACUCUCACCAUCCUCCUCAUCCGCACCCCCAUCAGCAUCAGCAGCUAUCGCCACACCCGCAACACAUGGGCUCUGCCGGCAACAGCCGCAGACAGUCAGGGGUACUCAUGGAUCCACAUGCCAUGAACACCGGUAACAUGCUCCCCAUGGACGGCAUUGAGAAUCACCCUGAUCAGUAUCUCCGUCUCGACAUGGGGCUUGCGGGUGGGUAUGUCGGGUCAAACGGCGACGGUGUGUGA